AUGACUACAAACCUUCUUAAUCGUAGUCAUCAUUUCACUACUGUACUCCUUCUCUCGCUUGUGGGAAUUGUUCCCGAAUACUCUCAUGAACCUCCGUUCUUCUACAAGGCUGCAUAUGUCUUAUGUGUCCCAGUCAUGGUUUUGAUCUGCAUUUUUGUGGUCUGCUUGUGUUUUACCAAUGGUUUUCUCAUCCACUAUCAUCAUUAA